AUGAUCAAAGAUUAUCUGUCAAAACCCCCUGUAAUGGUCCCUCCUGAACCUGGUAGACCUUUGUUUUUAUAUCUAUCAGUGAUGGAUAAUUCAUUUGGAUGCGUUCUGGGGUACCAUGAUGCAACAGGCAAAAAGGAACAGUGGGUGGAGGCCAUCACUUUCAAAUCAGUCACCAAGAAAGCAGUGGUAGACUUUGUUCAUUCCAACAUCAUAUGUCGCUUGAGUAUCCCAAAGACUAUUAUCACUGACAAUGCAACCAAUCUAAAUAGUCAUUUGAUGAAGGAGGUACGCGAGCAAUUUCAAAUUAUACAUCGCCAUUCUACCCCUUACCGGCCAAAAGCCAAUAGAGCCGUUGAAGCGGCGAACAAGAACAUCAAGAAGAUUCUUAGGAAGAUGAUCCAAGGUCCCAGACAAUGGCAUAAGAAGUUGCCUUUUGCUUUUUUGGGAUAUCGCACAACUGCUCGCACAUCUGUUGGCGCAACUCCUUAUCUAUUGGUAUAUGGAACAGAAGCUGUAAUACCAGCUCAAGCCGAAAUUCCCUCUCUUCGAAUCAUUGUGGAAUCGGAUAUUGAAGAUAGAAAAUAG